UGGAAACAAGAGUUUUGGGUUUGUUGCAGUUUUGUUUUUGUUUUUCAAGUUCCAGAAAACAAACAAAACAUAAAUUCAACUAUCCGUUUAGUGGAAAACCGUCAUAAGAUUAAGUACCUAUUGCUCAAAUGAGCUUUGUCAUUUUAGCCUACUGUAAAUUUUGUAGUUAUGCUCUUUAAAUGUCAUUUAUGUAGGAUUGUCAACUGGUAAAUUUUUCCGAUUCAAAAUUUGAAUAAAGAGAAUGGGGGAUGAGGGCGGAGAAUAUCCACCGUAUAUAAUUAGUUUUUUUACAGAGGUUAUUGGUACAGCCAUAAUGAUGUAUAUUGGUUGCAUGGGAUGUAUACAACAUCCGGAACUCGGACCAAUUGUACCAUCUUUUGCGUUUGGUUUAAGCAUUUUGGCAGUUAUACAGAUAUUCCAUCAUAUUGGCCCUGUCCACUUAAAUCCCGCAGUAUCAAUUGGUUUCCUUAUCGUGAGUAAAAUUGCAUGGCAGAAUUUUUUGGUUUAUCUAGCUGGCCAGUUUAUUGGAGCCUUUGUUGGAUAUGGGGCGCUCUUCUUGCUGACUCCUGAAAUGGAAAAUAUGUGCCUGUUGAAGAACAAAUUGGGUCUAAAUGUCGUACAAUGCUUUUUGAACGAAGUAUUAUGUAGUAUGGUACUGAUGUUGCUCAUAUUAGGUGCUGUUGAUGAAAAAAACAAGGAUUUCAAAGAUUCAAUUGCUCUAAGAAUUGCCAUGGGCGUCACGGGCAUAAUAUUUGCUCUUGAACCAUUUACCGGAGCAGGACUCAAUCCAGCUAGAAGUGUGCCACCGGCAGUAUUUUUCCUCAAUUUUGAAAAUCUGUGGCAAUAUAUGUUAGGACCUGCAGCUGGAAUGGCCAUAGGAGCGGUACUAUACAGAUUUUUCUUUGAUGGCGGCGAGGCGCAUUCUCUGCAUACAUUCUUACGUAGUAAAGAAUAAUAACCACGCCAGAAACGAAAGGAGUUGAGGGGCUGUAGUUGAUUUUCGCUCAUUUCAUGAAUGAAAAACUCGUAAAUUUGAUGAGAUGUCUCUAAAUGAUCUAGGAUUUCCAGAUUAAUUUGGAAAAGACACACAUUUCAAUUGCGUCUGGCUGUGAGCCUUUGACUAGAAUUAUUUGAAAUUGAAAGCUUGAAGGCAUAAGUACCAAUCUAGUAAAAAAAUUAUAUUUUGGUCAUGGUACCAUGUACCACGUACAAACAUGUCACUGAAUUUUAGCUUUCAAAGAUUUGCACACCAUUUCUCGUUUAGAAAAUUUGAAAGAAUUAACAUUUUCCUGUUUUUCAAAGUGAAGAAAUAAUUUCUUGAGAAAAUGUAUAGAAUUUAAAAACCGUUAACCUUAAUUGUAAAUGAGUAAUAAUAGCCAGUUAAUUUAAGUUCGCAAAAUAUUUUAACGAAGGAACAUUUUCAUUUUUAAA